UAGCAUCUCACAUAUUGUUGAUCAAUGGCGGAACAUACGUACCGUACGUCAUGCCAUUAAAUUUUAGUGGUUGUAGCCUAAGCAAUGUAGAAGAUUCCAGGCUGACAUUUGGAUCAUAAGUCUCUUAUAUUUGAUGCAUUAGGAUUUACCUGGUUGCAGGUAAACAAUGUACUAUUCUGAUGUACACAGAGAAGCUAUGGAAAAUGGCAGAAAUCCAUGUGAAAGCUUGUCUGUGGGGUUGGAAGAGCUCAGUCUCAAAAAACAGCUUCCUCUUCGGCAGCAGACUAUUAAACCCACUCUGAAGUAUGAUACUACAAUGACAAAACCCCUGAAUCCACUGGAUCAAGGUGACAGUUUAUUAAUCAGAAAAGAUGUGAUGGGUGUUUGUACUAAUCCUCCUAACAGUUUUAAUACUAAUGGUAAGGUAAUGCCUUCUCAUCAGCCUCACAAACCUGAAAACACAAGUGUUCUCAAACCAAUUCCCACACAACAAAAUAAGCAGCCCCUGACAAGAAGAAAGCCUUGUCUAUCCUUGAAUCCAUAUUCUAGACCAGUGACUGCACAUGAAGUAAGAUCAGUUAUCAAUGGUGACUGUACUGACGAACAACCUAAGGAGAAUACUAAUGCCACAGAAUUAUCAGAUCCGCUUUUUCAUAGAAAUUAUUUUCUGCGUCCAAAAAGCAUGUCAACACUCAGUAAUCCAGAGAGAAAAAGAGUUUCCUCUAUUCCAGAUCCUCUGAAAAAUCAAGGCAGUCCUAGUCCAUCUAACCGUCAUGCUAGAAAAAGUGCUUUGCAAGCUAAAUUUUAUUUUGCUUCCACUACUGCUGUGGUUUCUAGUAAUACAAAUAUUGAUAAGAAUUUAUUUAUUCAAAAAGAACUCCGAACUGCCAUUCCGAUUUCGUCUAGCAUUCCUAUGACAAAUACAGAUACCCAAAUCUUACACAACAGCAAUCAAUAUGGUGCUCUUAUUAAUGAAAACAAUGAACUUCCUGCUGAGCUUCUAAAAGAAGAAAGUGUAGUUGAAUGUAAAAUUCCACCAAAUGGAACCAAUACAAAAGCCUUAGAUAAUCACAGCCCUGCCUUUACAGCAUCAGAGAAUCAGAAUGUAAAGCCUGAUGAAGAACAAAGAGCAACAUCUUUCUUUAAGAAUGUUAAAAAAGUACCUGUUUCAAAUGCAAUGACAAGUUCUUUUAACUUUCGAAAUGCUUUUGAUCAUAUACGGCAUUCCAAGGCCAAUGAAUUAGUUUCUGGAAAUAUCAACUCUUCCAACAUUUCUAACCACCAACCUGCAGCUCUUAAUUACCCUAAUGGUCACACUCCCAGUCUACCUUUUUUUGACAAAAAUUCACGCCCAGCCUCAGACAAAGUGCUGCGUGUUCCUCGUCCGUUACUUGAGAGAGCCAAUGCUAGUCUUCAGCUUGAAAUAAAGUAUAGUUCAAGUGCCAAAGAGAAACCCUCACCUGCCUUUACUAAAAAUAAAGUAAGUGAAAGUCACCUCACCAACAAGAAUAAGCCACCGACUGCACUGACUAGAUCCAAAGUCAUAGAAAGCUCUACUCAAAGCGUUAAAGUUGUCAGAAAACACUUGCCUCUUAGAGUCAAGCUAAGCAAAAAAACUCUACCCCACACAGAUAAACAAAACCUGAAGAAUAUUUUGCUUCAAGAAAAACUGGCACAGGUCAGUGAUGUGAAACCUGCCCAGGUCAAGGUGGAGUCUAGGAUUAUUGGCGAUGGUGCCCCAGUUGAAAACAAAUUUGUGUAUGAAAAGUUUAAAACCUCAAGAGAAAAGAUUUACAAUUGGGACCAGAUUUCAAAUGGAGAUGAUGAAGAUAAUAUAAAAGAUAAACUUGUGAAUGAAGAAUCUGAAAUGGAAAAUGAAUCUGAUACUGCAGAAGAAGGAAGCGAGUCCUCGCCGUCAGGCGAGAGAUUACCAGGGGAUGGAGAAACAAGUGAUGACCUUGGAGAUGAGGAAGAGUUAGAUAAUUUAGAAGAUAAUAGCUCUGAAGUUGAAUCAGAAGUGUUCUCAGUGAUCAGCACAGGUUCCUCAGGGCGCUCUCUGGCUGUCAGGUCUCAAGCCCAGCAUGAGAGGAAUGAGAACAUUUCCUUGUCUUCCUCCAACAAACUUGUAAUUAAACCUGCCUUCAACUACAGCCUCUUCCACAAAAUACCACCAACUCUAAAUUUUGUCUCAGAAGGGGAAAAAACUGAACAGCUACCUUAUGGUCUUCGUAAACUGUUGAAGUGGAAGAUGAGUCCUAUCACACCCAUAGUUGUCAGGUCUGCCAUCACCAGGAUUGGGUUCAAAAUAUCUAGAAAAAACUCUGACUGGUUGGGCUGUUUUGGUAAACACAUGAAGUCUCAAUGUUUUAAACUGCUCAGAGAUUAUCAAAAGCUAAAUCAUUUUCCUGGCUCAUUCAACAUUGGGCGUAAAGACAGACUCUGGAAAAAUCUCUCUAGAAUGCAGGCCCACUUUGGUAAAAAGGAGUUCAGUUUUUUCCCUCAAACUUUUGUGCUGCCUGGGGACCUGAAGUUGCUGAAGCGGCACUGGGAAGAAAGUACAGGCAAACAAAAGUGGAUCAUCAAGCCACCUGCUUCAGCAAGGGGUAUUGGCAUAAGAGUUAUAAGCAAGUGGUCUCAGAUCCCAAGAAAGAGACCAGUCAUUGUUCAAAAAUACAUACAUCGACCAUUCCUCAUUAAUGACAGCAAGUUUGACAUGAGAAUAUAUGUCUAUGUUAGCUCAUUUGACCCUCUACGACUGUAUGUGUAUGAUGAUGGUUUAGCUCGAUUUGCUUCCUGCAAAUACUCAUCAUCAUCAAAGACAUUGAAUAACAGAUUUAUGCAUUUGACAAACUACAGUGUGAACAAGAAAAAUGUUGAAUAUCUUAGUAAUUCAGACAAUAACCUAUGUGAAGGCCAUAAAUGGAGUCUAAAGUCAUUGUGGGAAUACAUGAAGAAACUUGGGAUCAACACAAAUAUAAUCUGGGACAACAUUCGAGAUCUUAUUAUCAAAACUAUUAUAAGUGGUGACUCAACUAUCAACAGCAUGACAAAAGCCAAUGCGCACAACCGCUACUGCUGCCAUGAGCUGUUUGGCUUUGACAUAUUGUUAGAUGAAAAUCUCAAACCUUGGAUCCUGGAAGUGAACAUCUCACCAAGCUUACACUCUAACUCUCCACUGGACGUCACAGUAAAAAGUGGAAUGAUUCGGGAUCUGAUGAACAUAGCAGGCUACAGAUUACCCGAUGAAAGAGAUUUGAGAGGCAAUGUUUCUUCAGAUAGCAGUGGCUACAACCCUCCAAAUAAAUUUUGUAUGGACAAGCGGCUCUUCACGACACAACUAUCCCCUGAUGAGCGGGCCAAGCAUGCCUAUUUCUGUCAGAAGCAUCAGGAUGAGCUUCAUAUAUUAGACCUGCUUUCAGUGACAAGGAAUACAAUUGUAGAAGGUUUUGUCCUCAAACAGCAUAAAGAAAUCAUGCAGUCUAUCCUUGACACUAUAACCCCUGAUGACCUACGACUUUUGUGUGAGAGUAUAGAUGAAGACAGCAGAAAAGGCAAUUUCCAAAGACUAUUCCCUACACCCCAAACACACCGCUAUCUACGAUUCUUUGACCAGCCACGCUAUUAUAAUUUGUUGCUGGAUCAGUGGGUUUUACGUUACAAUCAUAUGGAAGAGAGAGGAAUUUUGUUACUACAGUCACUAUGUGAUGAAAGCAUUCAUCUACAUAAUCCAACGACAAACCCCAGACAUCAGUGGACCCCCCCUCAUUCAUUUGUAGCUAACCAUGUCAAAUCAGCGGACACCAAAUCACAGAACAUUAAGACAAGAUAUCAAAACCCAUUUGAAAAAGUGUUGUUCCCUUGCCGCGGGUACACAAAAAACCUGCUAGAGCAGUUCAAGAGACAUGUAGUAGAACUAGCUCAACCUCCAGCCUGCCUGUCACUUCCUCAUCUGAUGGCCAAAUAUCCACACCUAGCAGGUGACUAAUGGACAGACUCCCACCUGUAUAUUCUCAACAUCAGGACAUAUUCUAGAUGAAUUUCAAACUAAAGACUUCAUCAUAUAACAUCAACGACAGAUUGACAGAUAAACUUUAUUCAAACUUCAAUCUCAAAAACAUUAUAAAACAUAAAAAUCACGAAUUUGUGAUGUUUUUUUACCUAUACAACUAGGAUACAUUGAUUAAAAAGCAUAUCUCAAAAUUACCAAUGUCUCAUGUUUGUGUUAAAAAUUAAACUUUUUCCCCAUUUUUGUAUUUUUUUACGGUUUUUCGUUAAUAAUUGAUUGUCAGUUUUUUCUAUCUAAAACGUGUUUACAAUUUUACAUAUUUUAAAAAUAAACUUAAGCCACUUUGGGCAUAAAAAUGUACUCGGAAUUUUAAAA